AAAGGACCCAAUCUGGGGCUUUGCUGCACUUUGGUCGCUUCUAUCAAUUAUACUUUCACUUUCAUUUAUCCAACCAUCUCUCCCUCUGGAGUUUUAUUCCAGUGGUGGCUUGCUUUUUGGAUGGUUUAACAGACUGAAGAGGGUCAAAGAGUCUUUCUCUCUGGGGGAGGGGGGGGGAGACCCACAGAAGCCAGAGGAACCAGUGUGGACUACCUCCUUUGGGUGUCUGGAGGAUGGACACUGUGGAGCAGGAGCCAUGUUCUGCCGAUGCCACACUGGAAGUUCACGGCAUCACAGACGAGACCCAAUUGGAGUUCCUGUCCUUGUACUUCGAGAACAAACGGCGUUCUGGUGGUGGGACCAUCAAGUCCAUUGAAUACCGGAGGGAUUACACACUUUUGACCUUCGAGAACCCAGCAGUCGCUGAGAACGUGCUGGCAAAUGGGAGACAUAAAUUCAACAACAUUGAGCUGAUAGUGAGGAGAGCUCGACCGCAAGACCCUGGGAAACUACUGCUGUGUGGGUUGAACCCAAAGACCGCGUACCAGACCCUGGAGCUAUACCUGGAGCUGAUCACUGGACUGGACAGUAACACCAUGACUGUCCAUUACACUCCGGACAGGAGCCAGGCCCUCAUCCACUUCAAGGAGGCUCUUUCAAAGGAAGUUCUCAGGAAGUUGAAGGAGAAGUUUGAGAGCAGGCGCCUGGAUGGAGCCAGUGUCAGAGCGGAGCAGGUCCGGGUGACGGACCGCGUUCUGGUGGAGAACUUCGACGAUGAUUGCCUCCUGAACCUUUACUUCGAAAGCCCACGGAGCCAUGGGGGGAGCGUCACCAAAGUGACCCGGCUCCCCGGGGGUAGAGCUGUCGUGACGUUCCACGAGUGGGAAGCUGUCGACCGGGUACUAAAGCACGAGCAGUGGCUGAAGGGGCAGCUGCUGAUCAUACGCCCUCAUUACGACUUCCUCCAACCCCCGGACAGCGAGCCUGAGCCCAAGGCCCGGGCGGACGCUAAGCCGGGCGUCUCCGCCCAGCCGCGGGAGGAGCUCUCCAGCACCGUCAACGUCCCCGACGAGCUGAAGAUGGAGCUCCUGCGCACCAGCCGGCUCCUGCGGGAACUCCAGGAGGCGGAGCGCUCCGAGGUCUCCGUACAAGUCUCCGAGGGAAGCGUCCGCGUGACCAGCCGGGACAGUCUCCUCAUCGAGAGGACCAAGAACCGGAUCCUGGAGUUCCUGAGCUCCGUGGCUCAGGCCACCCUGACGGUCACCGCAGACGAGGCCAGAUUCCUCUCUCGGAGCGAAGUCCGAGAUCACCUCCAGGCCUCUCUGCUGGGGCAGGGCGCUCCGGCCCGCUACUCGCUCUCGGGUGGUCUGCUGACGGUGGCCGGGUUCUCCUCGGCCACGGCACAAGCGAUCGCCCAGCUGAUCAAGAAGGAGCUGAGCCACAUUAACGUCCCGGUGUCUGACCGGCAGCUCCACGCUCUGAGCUCCCCCGACUGGCAGAAACUGGUCUCGUCCCUGAGGUGUUGUCAGGUCCAAGUCUCCCACUCUGGUGACCGGGUCCACCUCCUCACCCUGGGGGAGUUCCGAGCCGAAGCCGAGAAACGGCUGGAGGAUUAUUUUGGGGAAACUGGUUUGCAGGAGUCGGUGAUCGUGAUGGAGUCUGGGAAGCUGAGGUUCCUGCAGGAUAAUUACCACGAGGUGCUGGCUGGCAUCGGACAGGUCUCCAUCGUACCCCUGGAAGGGAAUGAUAUCACUGGGCUGAGGAUCAGCGGGAGCGCCAGCGCCUGCCAACCUGCGGACGAGCUCCUCCGCAGCAUCAUCUCCAGCAUCUGCUCCAGCACCGUGAUGCUCCAGCACCCCGGCAUCGCCCGCUUCCUGCUGGAGGAGCGAGGGAGGAAUAUCCUGAAGCAGUUGGAGACCAAGUACAGGUGCACGUUCGGGCUGGAGAGAGUCCGCUGGCUGCCCCUGGAGCCUGAGCAUUCCCUGGACAGCUCGGAGAAAUGGAUAACUCCCAACUUCCAAAGAAGCGGUUCCGGUGGUAGAGAGAGGUCCAUCCAAUCCCACCAACAGCCCCCGGUCAGUGUCACUGAUCCCAAUGGGAAUCGUCUGGAUCUGGGUAUGAUUACAAAUCUAAUUGCCUCAAUCGAUGGAGAUGAACCGAUGGCCACAUCUGUUGAAACCGGCAAUGAAGCUGGAGAGAUCCCAGCUGCCCGAGGAUCAGCUGCCACCAGCGAAGCCAGUUCCCCUGAAGAAGAUCUGUACACAGAACCACUGGCUCAAACCAUGAGCAUGGCCAGGGAGGAAGAGGAAUUAGAGAUCAUAGAGAUGGACACUGUAACUCAGCAGGAAGGUGGCAAUGAAGGUGACGGUGAUGGCGAGCGUUUGGAAGACUCUGGGAUGAUGCUGGUAGCGUCUGAUAAAGACCUUGAAUUCGCUACCAAGUUAUCUCUGGAAACCUUCCAGACGGAGAGGAACCUGGAUGAAGAUGCUCAGUUACUGCUCGCUCUGCAAUGUUCCAUGGACAACAGGAGCCGAGAGGACGAGGAGCUCCAGAAAGCCCUCGAGCUGUCCAUGGUGGAGAGCCAUCGGUCGAUGGAGCUGGAAAUGUCCAACAACAUGGAGAGCUCAGGGGCCAGCGCCAUGGAGGACGUCCUGCAGAUGUCCAUCCAGGAUGCUGUGGAAGCCUCCAAUUCCGCGCAGUUGACUGUCUACGGAAACUGUGACCUGGACUUCAGGAGGGUCAAAGCCGAGCUGGAGAAGAUCAUCCAAUCCAAUUUGCGUCGGGAAGAGAUCGAGAACGACUGCCUUCAAGAACUGUCCUCCGAGCACGAACGUUACCUGUCGCACCUCCAGCGCCAGCACGGGGUGACCAUCACCCGGCGAGGUGCCGUGCUGCAGGUGUACGGCUUUGCCGACUACACCAUGCGCGCCAGCACGAGGGUCAACCGGCUCGUCAACAGGGCCCUCCGAGAACAGAAGGCCCAAGUGGAGGAGGCCGAGGUCGCCAGGUCGGUCAAGUGGGUGCGUUACGGUGCAGAGGAGGGAGCCACCCCCGUCCCCUAUCCAGCGAGCGCCAACGCUUUCAUCGAGCAGGCGUUCCAGCACAAGCAGAAGAAGGUGGAAGUGAUGUUCGACCACAAGCCCUACACCGUCAACCUGGAUCGUAUGGAGGAGUACAACAUCGGAGCAGCCAAGGCACUGCGGAUCGAGAGGCAGACCCUGGGCAGCCCGACCGACCAGGAAGUUUUGACCUUGGCUUCGGGAAACAUUGAGCUGGUUCGGGUGAACGAAGCAACUGAUGAAUAUCGUAAACUUAUCCGACCUUUCUACGAUACUCUGCAAGACUUUUACAACAAAAUCCGAAUCGUGAAGGUGGAGAAGGUGAAUAACCCACUGCUGUACCAGCAGUACAUGCUGAAGAAAGCCAAGCUGCAGGCCGUGUUGGGCCAGACCAACGUUGAGCGAGUCCUCUACCACGGCACGAAUGAAGAGAGCGCCAAAGAGAUCUACGUUCACGGCUUCAACAGGAGUUUCUGUGGAAAGAACGCGACGCUUUACGGGCAGGGUGUCUACUUUGCAACCAACGCUGUCAUGUCAGCGCAGGACAACUACUCCCCACCCAACGAACAGAAGCAUAAAUUUAUAUUCGUGGUGAACGUUCUGACCGGGGCGUACGCCAAAGGGGAAAGCUCGAUGAAGGCUCCCCCUCUGAAGCAGGACUCCACCAUGCCUCUCCGCUACGAUUGCGUGGUGGAUGACUGCAGGAAUCCCACCAUCUUCGUCAUUUUCAACGACACUCAGGCUUACCCACAAUAUUUGAUCACCUGCCUGAGAAAUUGACGCUUCUCUCAUCUCGGCUUCUGCUCUUUUCCCUUCUUAACUCCCAUUCCCUGAACUGUGACAUUUGCUCCACUCAAUACUGUGAGAUGGUUAAUUUUUCCAGAUUAUUCUGCUGCUGCUGUUCCAGGGAUUUCCUUUCGCCUCCUUUGCCUCUUUCGCCUGCAAGGAGAUGCCAGUCUCUUGUAGCGGAUUG